AUGUCAAUAACUCUUAGUGAAAAAGCUAAGUCUAAAAAAGGUCGUGGAUCUUUGAUUACAUUCAUGUCCAAAAAUUUUAUAAAUAAUAACAUAAUUAUACCAAUUGGAGCAGCAAUUCAAGGUACAAUUGUUAAAGAAAUCAAAGAGUGUAUUAAGUUUAGUAUAAUGAUUGAUAGCACUCAGGAUGUAAGUGUUAUGGAUCAAUUAGCAAUAUGUGUCCGGUAUAUUUUCAACGGUGUUGUGCAAGAACGUUUAUUAAGUUUGGUUGUUUGCCAUAACUCCAGUGGUAUUGGCCUUUUUAACUUAUUAAAGGAAGAAAUAAAAAAACUAGGAUUAAUGUUAAAUGAUAUUGUUGCAUGUUCAUUUGACGGAGCUGCCAAUAUGAAAGGUAUUUAUAAUGGUUUACAGGCCCAUUUAAAAAGUGUAAAUCCAAACAUUGUGUACACACACUGUAUGGGGCAUGUAUUAAAUUUGGUAAUAUGUAGUACUGAUAUUAAUUUGGCUGAAGACUUAUUUGGAUUAGUAGAGCAAUCCGCUGUUUUUUUAUCAGAUUCCCACAAACGAAUGGAAACUUGGACCUCUAUAACUAGUGUAAAACAUACUGGUCAUGAUAAACUGUAUAAACUCCAAAAAAUCGGUGCAACUUGGUGGUGGAGUAAAGAUAAAGCUUUAUCUUCAGUUAUGGAUUUACAACUGAACAUAGUUGAAAUUGAUAAAGAAGUCGAUAACGCCAAAUUUACCACUUUAUUAACAUUUUUAACCACAGUUUGUCAUGGAAAUUUCAAUUCACAAUCUAAGUUCAUUGCUAAAUCAUUGAUUAAUACUAUUCAAAAUAGUAUUGAGACACGAUUCAUGAAAAAUGCAAAUUUGUUAAAAGACUUGAAUUGGUUGGACCCUAGAAGUUUUGCAGUAUUUAACAACAUUGAAUUAUUGCCUGUAUCAGCUUUGAGUACUUUAAGUAAAAUAUCCGGACUAAAUCAUGAAAUAAUCUUAACAGAAUUGAAACAAUUUUCCAAUCAAUAUGAAAACUUUUUGAUACCUAAAUAUACUACCGAUUGUGAUUCAGAAAAUAAGUUACUUUUAAGAAAUGAAGAUGCGAGUGAUGAAGAUAAUGAUGAAAUAUCAAAAUCAGUAAAUUGCAAUAAAUGUAACAAAUGUAUUCACUGCGCAUUUUUAAUUGUACGAGAAUUAUCAUGCCAGUCAAAUUUAUUUGUCAUAUAUAAGUUUGCUUUGUUGUUGCCAUCAACACAAACAACUUGUGAAAGGGUAUUUUCAAAGCUUAAAUGUAUAAAAACAAAACUUCGCUCAACGUUACACCAAAAUCAUCUUACUCCAUUAAUGUUGAUGGCUAUAGAAAAAAAUAUAGCUAUUGAUACUCAACAGAGUGAUGUCACAAAAGCUGUUCAACAUUGGAAAAAUACUAAAGAUACAAACAAAGCUCAAAAAAUAAAAGGUAUUCAACAAGAUUUGGCUAAUGCUCUAUUCCAUCGAUUAGGACAACAUACAAAUUGCGAUUCCUAUUUUUGUAAUAAUUCUAAUCUACAGAAUACAUUAAACUUAGUUCCUGAAGCAGAAAAUAAUGGAAUCAUGAGUGAAAUCCAAAAUAUAAUGUCCAGAUUAAUUACAAACGCCGAAAGUUUACUCGAAAAUAAAAACAAUAAUAUUUGUGAACAGUUUAAUUCUAUCAUAAACAAAUACACUGCAGGCAAGAGAAUUAACUUUCAGGGAGAAGAAGCUACAAUACAAGAGUUGAAGCCGCUGUGA